GCGGCGGCGGCGGCGGCGGCCCCAGCCAUGGCGGAAGUUCAUAGACGUCAGCAUGCUCGGGUUAAAGGAGAAGCCCCCGCUAGCUCCUCCAGUGCCAGAGAUGAGGAGGAGCUGGGGAUGGCGUCGGCCGAAACGCUGACCUUGUUCCUGAAGCUGCUGGCCGCCGCUUUUUACGGCGUCAGCUCCUUUCUCAUCGUCGUGGUGAACAAGAGCGUGCUCACCAGCUACAGAUUUCCUUCCUCACUAUGUGUUGGACUUGGCCAGAUGCUGGCCACCGUGAUCGUCCUCUGGGUGGGAAAGGCGCUCAGGGUAGUAAAGUUUCCUGACUUUGACAGAAAUAUACCUCGGAAGACAUUUCCACUACCUCUACUGUAUUUUGGGAACCAGAUCACAGGACUGUUCAGCACAAAGAAACUCAAUUUGCCAAUGUUUACAGUCUUGAGAAGGUUCUCCAUUUUGUUUACAAUGAUUGCUGAAGUAGUAUUACUCAAGAAGACCUUUUCUUGGGGUGUUAAGAUGACCGUUUUUGCGAUGAUCAUUGGAGCCUUUGUAGCUGCUAGCUCCGACCUGGCCUUUGACUUGGAAGGAUAUGUUUUCAUCCUGGUGAAUGACGUCCUGACGGCUGCCAACGGCGCCUACGUGAAACAGAAACUCGAUUCCAAGGAGCUGGGCAAGUACGGCCUCCUGUACUACAACGCACUGUUCAUGAUCCUUCCCACCGUGGUCAUCGCCUACUUCACAGGGGACGCGCAGAAGGCAAUAGAGUAUGACGGCUGGACUGACAGUCUGUUCCUUCUGCAGUUUACACUGUCCUGUGUGAUGGGGUUUAUUUUGAUGUACGCCACGGUGCUCUGCACGCAGUACAACUCCGCUCUGACCACCACCAUAGUGGGCUGUAUUAAGAAUAUUUUAAUAACUUAUAUUGGAAUGGUCUUUGGUGGAGACUAUAUUUUCACGUGGACAAAUUUCAUUGGACUAAAUAUCAGUAUUGCCGGGAGCCUGGUGUAUUCCUACAUCACUUUCACGGAAGAGCAGCUGAGUAAGCAGUCGGAGACGAGCAGCAAGCUGGAUGUCAAAGGGAAAGGCGCCGUGUGAGCGCGGCUCCGCGCCUGAGCGGUCCACCCUGCACGCGGGCAGUGCCACGGAGACCCGCUUUACGGCCGGCGGCCCCUGGUUCCAGCGAGCGCUCGGACCCGGCCCUUGCACCAUCUGAAGAUUGCUGCCUUUUUACAUUUUUACGACGAAUCUUAGAGUUGAUUCUAUUUUAAUUCUGCAGUUUGCAUUAAUUUAUACCAGACUGAGAGACGGCGUAUCUGGCUUUUAAUUUAUUGUUUUUCCCGCUCUGACCGCGGGCCUCUCUGUCCACAGCAAGUGGCGUCCGGCCUCCGCCUUCUCUUCCCGAGGACAGGGGCGCCGCGAUCAGACCUGGCACACACCGAGAGCCUCUGGGAGUCCCUCGUGCUCCCUGCAGCCGGGCUGGGCGCCCCUUCCUGCCAGCUCCCUCUUAGAACUCUUCCCCUCUCCCUUGUUCCCCCCUCCCCCAGGCUGGUCACUACAAUCUGGGCGACCUCUUCCUACACCAGAGAGAAGCCAUCACGUGUGGAGUCGGAGCCUUGGAAGCGUCUGGGACGAUUGGGCUUUGGGCUUUUAGCCCUUCCCUUGGGCGGCUCUAGGGAAACGAGGCCCGAAUGGCCGAGCCACCCCAGAAAGCCCUGGGAGGAGCUGCCCCGUUUCUGCUCUGGCCACUGUGAGUGACUUGGAGGAGGAAGAUGCCCCUCCUCCAAGAGCAAUCCCCCUCCCCCAUCUGGGAGUGGGCAGCCCCUUUCCUCUCUGCUUUCCGGGCUCAGCCACCAUUCCCUCUUUGCGUCUUUUCCUUGGGCGUCUCCACCUGCAUGGCAGUAAUCCGUGUGCAGUUUCUGGUGAAGGUCUGAGGGGCUGGGCAGGUCUGGGCUGUUCCCUGGGAGUGCCCACCUGUAAGUGCCCAGGGGUCCCCACCGCGGGCUUGGGUACAGCCGCCUCUGAGGAAGUGCAGCAGGGCCGAGGGAAAGGCCCCCCGGUACCGCCGGGGCGUCCGGGCACUCUUGGCCCUCCAAGCUAAGAACGCUUUUUCCGUUUAGGAGUAUUCAUUCGAACACCCAAUAAGAGCCACUUUAAUGUAAAAGCCAUUCUUAGCUCGCAGAGCGUGCAAGAACAAGCCCGCGGUGGGUGACCUAGUUCCAAGCCUCGCUCUGAUGCUUCUGUUACUUGAUAAUUUGGGGCAAGUUACUCAUUUGGGGCCUUACUAUGUUUCUCUCUGACAUGAGGUGGGCGAGGUGCUCGGUCAGGUUUUCCGUCAAGGACGCGAUGAGGGGGAUCUGGUGAAAGCUUUUCCCUUGGGAUCGGCCCGCUGACUCGCUCCUCGGUCUUACACCAGAACUUGGCCCCUUCUCUGCCCAACCCCGAGUCAGGUUUGGAAGCUCUCUGGACCGACCUGGUGGGCUUCCCCAUGCUGCCACAUCCCCGCUUCGAGCUCUGGGAGGCCACCUCCUGACCCACCAGGGACAGUGCCAAUCUUUACGCCCAAUAGAAUGGGCAGGACAGACGGCUCCCUGUCAGACAGGGGCUCCGGUUGGCUGUGCCCUACUGGCUAAUGGAUCUUCUCCUUCUGCAUUGAGGUGGUCUCCUUUAGCUUUAACAAUAGGACUGCUGGGUAGUGGGUCAAUUUCAUAAGCUUCUAGAUUUUAGGAGAAGUUUGGGGAUUGUUGGAUUUGUUAUUAGGGAGCCUGGGAUUUCCAUUUAUGGAGCUCAUCUAUCAGCUCUUGGGCAAAUCGUUUCUGGGCCUGUCACUCAGCUCUAAAAUGGCAGGGUCCGGACCUCAGAGAAUCCUUCUUAAAUCUGGAGAUUCUGUGAGUUCGAAGCAUUUCCAGAGAAGGGAAAGCACGGUGGUCAUGGGGUUGGAGGGCCGACUAAAGGGCAGUUAAAAAAAUGGAAAACUGUCAACCUGCUGAAGAGAAAACUUGGGGAGAGCCUGGGAAGCAUCUGCCGGUAUUUGAGGGUGGAAGGUACAGGAACGUAGCUUUGACUUAAGGUCAGUAACCUCUUGAUAAUUAGGCCUGGCCCGGGAGGAGUCUGGGAGAAGGCUGGAUUCCUCGCUUUCAGAGAUGACGCACGAGGACUCCUGCCUGAGGCUGGGAGAGUCUCCAAUUCGGAGGUUCUGCAAUUACUCUUAGGGUCUGAGGUGGUUUAUACUAAGGGGUCUUGGCCUCCCUUUUUAUGUAAGAAUGGAAAUCCUCCAGCAGCAGGAGGGUGGGCGAGCAUGUGCACUAGGAGCCGAGGCUCUCGGCGGCCGGGGCGAUAGUCAUUGUGGCUGCUGGCUUUUCGAGGGCAUUUGAAGGGCUGCCCGGCACUUUACAUUCAUGUCAUUUAAGCCUCACGACGCCCCGUGGGGCAGGUGCUGUUCCAAGUCCUCAUCUCACAGAUGUGGGGACUCCGGGCUCCCCGUCUGGAAUAGGGGAGACCCUGCCCUGCUGGCAUCACGCCGGACUCCGGCGCCAGCUCUCCCUGGCUGCUGGACCCUCCCACUUAACACCAGUCAACAAGUGUCUGUCGGCACCGGGCUCUCGUUGGAGCGCUGUUAUGUAGGAAGGUGAGUGCCCGCAUUUCAGUUCUGACUUACUCAGAAGUCUUUCUCCCGCUGCUCCCUCCCGCGGCCCACGAGUAGCAAACGGGUCAUUUUACGAUAACUUAGGGAAUGGCCAGAACUGAAAUCCCAUGUGCCUUUUAGGAUGUCCAGACUUUGGCCCAACAAUACACCACGUUGUGACCUGUUGACUUAACUCCUUCAGCAGGUAGAAGCCUUAUCGAAUUUUACAACUGGGAAACUGAGGCACAGAGCUGGCCAGGGAGCUAUACAAAACUAAGGCGAGCCGUGGGCAGAGAUCUGAACUUCUAUCACUGUAACCAAUGGACAGGGCCAGCCCAAUUUUGCUUCAGCUCGAGUCAAUCCUCUUGGGGCGGGAUAGCUGCCAGCAGAGGCUGGAGACCAUUUGUAGAUGCCUUUCUGUGCUAAUCGCCUAAUUCAGGGUGACCUGCUCGGAAUCAGUCACGGGGCUGGAAAAGACCUCGGCAGCCAUUUAGUCCAGCUGCCCGCCAUCUGGGCUCCCCCUUCUGGCCCCAUCUUAGGCGGCCAUUUGCCAGGAAAGCCCCAAGUGAACUUGAGCAACAAACUCCACUUCCAUCCUACUUAUUCCUUCCCUCAUGCUGGUUUUUCAGGCCCCUGAGGCCUCCACACCUUCUCUUCGGGCUGCUCUCUGGGUCCUUUGCAAAACUGUGUCCUUGUCCUUAUGUGGCCACAUCCGUCUUUGGAAAACUGGGUGCCCCCCCCUCCCCUUCCUGCACUUGUCUGUGUCCUGAGAACUUCGGGAAAACCUGCUUUCCUUCCUUAUGUAGGGUUUAGCUCAUGAUUUGCUGUCCUUUCUCUGAGACCUUGGAGUAAUCAGCUAAAUGUAGGGAGGGUGACACGAGUCUGUGGCCCCUCUCUAGACCCUUUCCGUCGAGUAAAGCGCGGGCUGUUGGGGUCAGUAAAACGGGCCGGGGCCUUUCUCUCUGAACUUCAGCUGUGCUUGGUGGUUGGCAGGGUUUCUCCAUUUAAAUUGAUGCCCAGAGCUGGCUUUGGGUGAGCACAAAAUGGCCUCUGGGGCUUGGAGGGAGGAUGUUAGUCACCAAGAUGGGGUCGCUGAGCCCACUCUGGCCAUGCUCUGCUGGGGCUGCCUAAAAGCUGCCACCCUGGCACCUGAAAGGGAAGCUAUCAAACACUCUGAGAGUUGGGGGAGCCUUGGUGAAGUUGGGGUCCUGCAGAAUUCAUCAUCAUGGCUCAUAUUUUAAGGUUUGCAAAGAGCAUCACCUAUGUCCCCUUUGGUCCUUACAAAAACUCUGUGAGGUAGACGUCCCCACUUUACAGAUGAGGAAACUAAGUUUCAAAGGGGAAGUGAUUGUUCCGGGGUCACACUGUGGGUACAAGGCAGAAUUUGGGGCUCUGCCGGGAAGCUCGCUGGCCCCACUCAGUACAAGCUGAGCUCUGAAUCUGCGGGGCUCAUUUCUCUCUAGAUGUUUGCCCUCCGGAAGACUCCAGGCUCUCAAUGAGCCUGGCUCUGCCAGCCUAGAACCGUCCCGUCCGCGCAGGUGCACAGAGCAGCACAAACCGGUGGAUGCUGGGCAAGCACUGGGCAGAAGUCAGCCGAUGAGCUUGGGCUUUAGAGGGGGCGGACAUUCGGGUCGGGUUUCUUGUUGGCUACUGGCCUCUGGGGUCGGAAAUUUGCGUCACUUUACAUUUUUAAGGAUUUCUGCAAUGUCGUCUUUGUCCUUAAAGAAAUUGCUAGUUAGAUUGUUCAUCCCUGAAAAAUGUUUUUUAAGAUGAUUUUGUUCUUAAAUAGAUGCUUCUUCAGUGCCAGAAACCAGAUGAUAUUAUUGUCUACACUGGGCAGGUGAAUAAAAUGGAUGCCAUCAUAUGUUUUCUAUGCUGUUGAUCUCCUGGAAAUAUUUUUUUCAAUAUAGAUUCUAUUUACAAAAAUGACCAUUUUGUGUU